UCUUUUUCAACACACGCAACGCCGCCUCUUCAAAUCAAACCCUACUAACUUGAAGCUGAGAUAUACUAACGCUACAUAUAUUACUCAAUACGUAUUAGAAGCUAUUCAUCCCGCCAGCGGCGGAAGCAACAAAAAUGCAAUCCUUCCCCAAGGACAAGGACCCGAACCAGGACUCGAACUCCCCCGAACCCCCCAUCUACCUCCACGCCGAACUCCUCCCGCAUAUCCGACACAUCACGCUAUAUGUCUCCGUUCCUGAUCGCAUAGAGCUACAUUUGCACGAGGGAGUGCAGGAACCGGCCGUUGAAAUCUCGCUUUCGGAGUCCCGGCGUGCGGUUUCCGUGUCUGUGUCGGCCUCGUUAUUACAGGAUUGUAGCUCUGCUCCCGCGGAGACGGAGCCACAGGAUGGGACAAGGGUAGAGACGACAGAGACGAUGAAACUCCCCGCGCGCGUCACCGAGAGCGCGAGGUCAGUGCUUCGGUCGCUGAACUGGCGGGUCACCACUGGUUCCUCGAGGAGGCGGGAGGUCUCGUUUCGGAUGAUCGUUGAUGAUGAUGAUGGUGGCUCUGCCGGUGCUGCGUUGCUGGAUGAGGAGCUGGUCGGUGGGUUCGUGCCUUGGCGGGCUAUGGAUAUGCGGGCGGGAACGAGAGUGAGGUGUCGGCUUUGUGAGGUUGUGGUUCUUGAUCGGCCGGGGGGCUUUGAUCGGGGUCUUGGGAGUGGGAAGAGGGGGGAGGAGGAAGGUGAGGGGAUAAAAGGGUGGGUGUGGAAGGAUCUGCCCAGUGGGAAUUGGGCUGAGAUGAUGGACUUUUGGCAUUGUCAUAAGCCGGAUCCUGUGGAUGGUCGACAUGGUCAUGACGAUGGGGAUGGGAAUGAUGAUGAGGAGGGCAAUGGUCCUGGAGAUGGCGAGAAGGGGGAACAAGGUGCGAAGAGCCGACUCGAGGAUCCGAACGCCACGGUCAAAGGGUAUGGUGCUGCGAAUCAGGUUGUGGCUACCCUGGGUACGAUCCUCGUCGAUGUCGCGACCUUUCUGGUGGCGGAGGGCGAUUGGUUGAGGAUUCAGAAGGACCCGGAAUCGGACGGUAUCCGCUGUUGCAACUGCAAUGCACUCCUCGGCCAAGCCGAUCCCAUCGCCAACGGCUGGCGACUUUUCAAGACAGCCCUCUCUGCAUCUAUUCCUGCUGCUGCUGCUGCUGCUUCUACUACCCAGGCGGCUCCCCCCGACAACGACCAAUUAGAGUGGGAAACCCACUACGUCGAGGUCAUCAUCGCAGCACAGCUUCUGGAGCUGGUCGAACGCGAAAGCGCCCGCCGAUUCGUCGUUCAUUGUGGGCUCAAAUCCGGCUUGCUGAUAUGGGUCUUCAACCCAGAUAUGCGGUACUCCAACUCCAGCGCCGACCAUAGCAUCGCUGCUCGACGUGCUGUGAAGGUGUUCUUCCAGACGCUUGAUGAUGUCGAGCAAACGCUCCACCCGGAGGUCGGCAAGCCGUCCACUACGCUGGCGUUGGAGGAGCUGCGCUUGCCGGCUGAGACGUAUGGUGCUUUGAAGGAUGUGUUGGAGGAGAGGAAUGCCAUGUUGCCGGAGUCGGCGAGAGAGUUCAGGGAGUGGAGGGUGGGAAUAUUGCAUCGGUUGGAGCGGAGAGCGUGA